UUAAAACUUUCACGUCGUCAACAAGAACACAUUGCCACAAACCUUAAUGGAAUAAUGGUACUUAUGCACUCUCAAAAAAUGAAAUUAUCAUUUUUUCUUGUUCUGGCUACUGGCUUGAUGCAAAAAAGCAUUGCACAAACAAAAACGGGUUUACAAGCAAAAAGUUAUCGUAAAGAAACAUCGGCAACUGCGUGCAGAGGUUUACCAGGAAUACCAGGCCGAGAUGGUCGCGAUGGAAGAGAUGCAGGAUUGCAAGGACCUCCUGGCAAGAAAGGAGAUUCGGGAGAAAUAGGAGCACCCGGUGACAAAGGAGAAGCAGGAGGAUCAACAGGAGGAGUGGUCUACACUCGCUGGGGAAGAAAACACUGUCCAAACACUUCAAACAUUGUCGAGUUAUAUUCAGGUGUGAUGGGUGGUUCUUGGUGGAAACACAAUGGGGGAGCAUCCAAUUAUCUGUGUUUACCAAUGAAUCCGUCAUUUGACAAAUUUGAGCGAGGAUCCCAAGGAGGAAAUUAUAUCUACGGUGCAGAAUAUCAGCAUACCAGACUAGCUUCUAAGCCUCUAUUUCAUUAUGAUGCUACUUGCGCAGUCUGCCAUAUUCAAUCACGUGGUAGUUAUGUAAUGAUUCCAGCACGUAAUACAUGUCCCAAUGGUUGGAGCUUGGAAUACAAAGGAUACUUGAUGUCAGCGCAUUCCUCUCACAUAGGAAGAACUCAGUUUCUCUGCGUCGAUAAAAAUGCUGAAGCUAGAGCAGGAUCAAAACCAGACGUUAACGGUGCCUUACUCUAUCUUGUGGAAAGUUCUUGUGGUUCUCUCCCCUGCCCACCGUACUCUGAUGGCAUUGAAAUUAACUGCGUUGUAUGUACCAAAUAAAUGGGCACUUUCUUCAUUAAGUGCACGACUUUUCAAUUAAUGUUUUCCCUUUUUAAUUGGAGUAUAAGUCAUUUAAUAAAUUACUUAAACAUCAUUGAAAA